AUGAGUUCUCAGUCUCUCAUCUCUAUCGCCAUAUUAGCUUUGGUCAUUUCCUUUGCCAAUUCUUAUGAUCCAAGUCCACUCCAAGACUUCUGUGUUGCAAUUGAUGACCUAAAUGGCGUUUUCGUGAACGGUAAGUUUUGUAAGGACCCGAGACGUGUCACUGCAAAAGAUUUCUUCUUCUCAGGCCUCAAUAUUCCCGGGAACACCAGUAAUCAAGUUGGCUCGAAUGUGACCACUGUUAAUGUUGAUCAGAUUCCAGGGCUAAACACAAUGGGAAUAUCAUUGGUUCGCAUCGACUACGCGCCAAAUGGCCAAAAUCCGCCUCACACGCAUCCUCGUGGCUCAGAGAUCCUUGUCCUUAUCAAAGGAACAUUAUACGUCGGGUUUGUCUCUUCUAAUCAAGAUAACAACCGUUUAUUCGCCAAAGUAUUGCACCCAGGAGAUGUCUUUGUGUUCCCCAUAGGAAUGAUCCAUUUUCAGUUCAAUAUUGGGAACGUCCCUGCGGUUGCGUUUGCAGGAUUGAGUAGUCAGAACGCUGGUGUGAUCACAAUCGCAAACGCUGUGUUCGGGUCAAACCCUCCGAUUGAUCUACAGGUUCUAGCCAGGGCGUUCCAGUUGGAUCCACAUAUUGUCGUAGAACUUCAAGCCAAGUUUGGUGCAUGA